CUUUAUUUGCCGGCGUGAAAACAAAACAUGUGUUGACAGUGAACCUUUCCCUCGUUUUAUAGAGUGUCUUGACUCUUAGCCUGUUGAUAUCAGUGCUGUCCUCACAAGUUUUCUGUUCAUGGUGACAACUACUGGUACUAUCAGUGGUGCCUAGCCAACAUAAUGACAUCAAUCAUCAAGCUGCAUGUGUUCUCGGGGGCACAAGGAGAGACCCCACCGUGCUACAUGCUGCAGGUGGAUGAGUUCCGCUUCCUGUUGGACUGUGGCUGGGACGAGGACUACAGCAUGGAUCACAUCCGAGAACUCAAACGACAUCUUCACCAGAUAGAUGCAGUGUUGUUGUCGUAUCCUGAUCAGCAACACUUGGGUGCAGUCCCGUACCUUGUGGGCAAAGCUGGUCUCUCCUGCCCCAUAUACUCAACUAUUCCAGUGUACAAGAUGGGGCAGAUGUUCAUGUAUGAUCUGUUCCAGUCUCGUCACAACACAGAGGAUUUUGACGUAUUUACACUGGAUGAUGUUGAUGCUGCAUUUGACAAGAUCAUUCAGCUGAAGUACUCCCAAUCUAUUACACUCAAAGGCAAAGGCCAUGGUCUGCAGAUAACGCCUCUGGCUGCUGGGCACAUGAUUGGAGGCACGAUAUGGAAGAUUGUGAAGGAUGGGGAGGAGGAGAUUGUGUAUGCUGUGGACUACAACCACAAGAAAGAGAGACAUUUGAAUGGCUGUGUGCUGGAGAUGUUCAACAAGCCGUCACUGAUGAUCACUGAUUCUUUCAAUGCAACAUACAACCAGCCCAGGAGACGGCUAAGAGACGAACAGCUCAUGACAACCAUCCUCCAGACUAUGAGGAAUGAUGGGAACGUUUUGGUUGCUGUGGAUACGGCUGGAAGAAUGCUGGAACUUGCACAGCUACUGGAUCAGAUGUGGAGGAGUGCUGAGUCAGGUCUCUCACCCUACUCUCUGGCUCUCCUCAACAAUGUCAGCUUCAAUGUUGUGGAGUUUGCCAAAUCACAGGUUGAAUGGAUGAGUGACAAGAUCAUGCGAGCGUUUGAGGACAACCGAAGUAACCCAUUCCAGUUCAAGCACCUCAAGCUGUGCCACAACCUGGGGGAGUUGGCUCGAGUGCCAGAACCAAAGGUUGUCCUUGCGAGCACCCCUGACCUACAGUGUGGCUUCUCGAGAGACUUGUUCACAGCAUGGUGUACCAAUGCCAAAAACAGUAUCAUCCUGACCAACAGGACCUCUCCUGGGACAUUGGCAAGAUGGCUAAUAGACAACCAGCAGAACAAGACUGUCACUAUGGAGGUGAGACGACGGAUCCAAAUGGAUGGACCUGAACUAGAAGAUUACGUGAAGAAGAAACAGGAGAAGAAAGCUCAAGAAAGACUCAUGAAGACAGAGCUGUCUAAGCUAGAUCUGGCUGAUGAAUCAAGUGAUGAGAGUGAGGUAGAGAUGGAGGUAGAGGCCUAUGGCAACAAACCUGGAAAGGGCAAGCAUGACCUCAUGAUUCAAGGGGAGGGAAAGCAAAGGAGUGGUUUCUUCAAGCAAGCCAAAAAGUCCUACCCCAUGUACCCAUUCCAUGAAGAAAAGAUUAAAUGGGAUGAGUAUGGAGAAAUCAUCAGACUGGAAGAUUACACAAUACUUGAUGUGGUGGCUCCUGAUGAAGACAUGGCAACUAAUGAGACGGCAACUGCUGAUGACACUAUGCAAGAUGUGUCUGAUGUUCCGACAAAGUGCAUCUCCUCCAAUGUGACACUUGAUAUUAAUGCCAGUGUUCUGUACAUAGACUUUGAAGGCCGAUCUGAUGGGGAAUCAGUCCGCAAAAUACUCAGUCAGAUCAAACCAAAACAACUGGUUCUGGUGAGAGGAUCAGCGGAGGCAACUGAUGCACUGGCAGACUACUGUAAGUCUCAGUCAAUAGUCCAGGGCAACAUCUUCACACCCAGGGUAGGGGAGGUGAUUGAUGCCACCACAGAAAGUCACAUCUACCAGCUGAGGAUGAGAGACCACCUGGUAACCUCCCUGAUGUUUUCCAAGGCCAGAGAUAUAGAGCUGGCCUGGAUAGAUGGCUAUCUCAAUAUGUCCAGUGACAAGACAGACACAGGCGCUAUGUUUGAGAUUGAGGAAGGGGAUGCCAUGGACCAAGAGAAACGCAAAGCCUUAGAAGAUGAUAAAGAGGCUCAGGAUCUGAUCCCUACACUGGAAUCCUUUCCACCAACACAGGUCCCAGUGCACACAUCUGUGUUCAUCAAUGAGCCCAAGUUGUCCGACUUCAAGCUGGUGCUGCUUCAAGAAGGAAUCCCCUGCGAGUUUGUGGCUGGUGUGCUUAUCUGUAACAACGCUGUGGCAGUUAGGAGGAACGAGGCUGGGAGGAUACAGCUAGAGGGGGCUCUCUGUGACGACUACUACGUUAUCCGGGAUCUGUUGUAUCAGCAGUACGCUAUUGUGUGACAAUGUUUUCUGUCACUGAUCUGUGAAAUGUGGAAUACUGUUCCCUUUCUACAAAGUGAUCUUGGAGCUCAUACCAUCGUACUCCUACUUUGACCAAGGCAUACAACAUUUGUUACAACAAUUGUUACAAUUGCUAAGGUCACUUUGUGGAACAGGAGCUUCAUCACUUGGUAGUGACCCUCAAAAACUGCCAUGUCUGCUUGAGGUUGUUCAUGUGACUCGGAGAUCAUUUUUCUCUGGUAAAGAAACAUUAUCAGUACCUAUCAUUGGUUGAACGACUUAUGUGUUGUAUUUUUGUUUUAUUUGUCUGAUAGGAUCAUGAAUAGGUUUGAUUCAAAAGUCAUUAUUCUCACGUGUAUGUUUCUUUCUCGACUGGUGGGAGAUGAUUGUAUUUCGGUUUAGUUUAAAAGGCAAAAAGGCAGUGGGAUUUUUUCUUCUCAUUAAUGUCAAAUUAUGAAUUUAUUAAUUUCAACAUGUACAUGUUAAGUAAAUGUCAUCACCUGUGUCCGUCUGAACUGAUGAUUUGAACUGAGUCAAAGAUUCAUUACCUUACAGUUAGUAUGUCAUUUGUGGCAAAGUAUCAUUGCAAGUUGUCCUUCAUAUUUGAUUGAAAAGUGUUACAAUCUGAGGUGUAUCUCGUCAGACAUAAUCAAAACAUGAAUUCCUCAUUGUCAUCAAGACAUUGUUGUGAACUGUGUAUAUAAAUCACACUGUCACCAAGGGGUCAAGAAUUUUGGUGUCCAGAUCUGGAAUUUGAUUUCAUGUAUUCAUCUUCAUGUGUCACAAUUUGUUACGCCAUCAUUCAUCACUCGUUAGUUGUUAUGGUGACAAACAAUUUUUUGCAUCAGAUUGUAAUUUUGAAACCUGAAAUGAAUAAAUUUUACACAGGU